AUGAGAGGCUUCCUUACAAUCUCGACCCUCCUAUCAGGAGCGGCGUCAGCGGCAGUCCGAUUCACCAACUCUACCGACAGCCAUGACUAUGUCAUCGUGGGAGGCGGCACUAGCGGUCUUGCUCUCGCCAACCGCCUGUCCGAGAACCCUGCCGUGUCGGUCUUGGUCAUCGAGGCUGGUGGCUCUGUGUUCGACAACGUCAACGUCACCAACCCCAACGGCUACGGACUAGCCUUUGGCACCGACAUCGACUUCGCUUUCCAGACAACGAACCAGACGUAUGGCGGUGGCCAGGUCCUUACCAUGAGAGCUGCUAAGGCAUUGGGAGGCACCAGCACUAUUAACGGACUGGCUUACACUCGUGCCGAAUCCUCUCAGGUUGAUGCUUGGGAGAAGCUCGGCAACGAGGGCUGGAACUGGAAUGCUCUUUUCCCGUACUAUCUCAAGAGCGAGCAUUUCCAGACCCCAGAGCCUGCCCGCCAGGUCGCCGGCCACCUAGAGUACGAGAGCAAAGACCACGGCGAAAACGGCCCUCUUUUGACCGGUUGGACUUUUGGUCAAACGAACGGAACCAUCCCGGCCGUACUAAACUCCACAUAUAAGAACCUUGGACUGCCCUGGAACGAGGAUGUCAACGGAGGAAACAUGGUUGGAUUUUCAGUCUUCCCUCGGACUGUCGACCAGGAGAACGCUGUUCGUGAGGAUGCCGCUCGGGCUUACUACUACCCGUACCAGAACCGUACCAACCUCCAGGUUCUCCUGAAUACUAGCGCUCAGAAGCUCACCUGGAAGAACGCUACCGUUCCCACUGCUGACGGCGUUGAGGUCGUAUCAGCCGACGGAUCCAGCAGAAUCGUCAAAGCCCGCAAGGAUGUUAUCCUUUCCGCCGGCUCUCUCCACGGCAUUGAGACUGUUGUCAACCUCCCCACCGUUGGCGAGAACCUCCAGGACCAGAUGAACAAUGGUCUUUCAUUCGCCAUGAAGAACAUCACUGUAGAUGGCGCCAUCACCACCGUUGCCUACCCUUCCGCCGAGCAGAUGUUCGACAAUGUCGACGAGAUCGCCGCUCAGGUCAAAGAGAGCCUCCCGGCCUACGCCGCUACAGUAGCCUCCGUGAACGGCAAUGUCACCCAGGCCGCUGAUCUUCUCGAGUUCUUCGAAAUGCAGUGGUCUCUCAUUUUCGAGUCCAAGAUUCCCAUCGCUGAGGUCCUUGUCAACGCGGCCCAGGGCACCUGGAGCAGCGAGUACUGGGGUCUCCUGCCCUUCUCUCGUGGCAGCAUUCACAUUAGUGAGACGUCCACUGCCAACGCCAUCAUUAACCCCAACUACUUCCUGCUGGACUGGGACCUUCUCCACCAGGUGCAGACUGCCAAGUUCAUCCGCAAACUUUAUGGUACCGCGCCGUUCUCGACUUACGCCGGAACUGAGACACGCCCCGGCGUGGAUGUCGUUGCCGAGGAUGCCGACAUUGAAGGCUGGACGGGCUACAUCAAGGGGAACUACCGCUCCAACUUCCACCCUGUCGGCACUGCGGCUAUGAUGCCCCGCGAGAAGGGUGGAGUUGUCGACGCCAACUUGAAGGUCUACGGCACGACCAAUGUGCGUGUUGUUGAUGCCUCGGUUCUGCCUUUCCAGGUUUGCGGACAUCUUGUCAGCACUUUGUAUGCCGUUGCUGAGAGAGCGGCUGAUCUGAUUUUGGAGAACUAA